AUGUCAUGGAAAGACGCGAUGACUUUUUUGAACGCGUCCUUUCAGGAAGGGCACGUCGUGACAAAGUUGGGGACGGUGGAAAGCCAGAAGGCUGUGGAGCUCGAGGAAUGCUGGAAAAUCAUAAGAUUUUUAGACGCCGCAAUGGUGCUAGGGGAUGUGCGCAUAUUGGGAAUGAGGGAUGACAACUGGUUAGUGAGCGACGUCGUGGCAUUGAACGUGCAAAGUGCUGCAUCUAUCGCAAGUGUGGGGCAUCGACUCAUUGCGAAAUCUCAUAAGAUGCAAGUAUUGAGAGCUCAGUUGGUGGCAGAGCAGAAUUUGGUUUAUGAAUAUCAUCGUGACAUCAAAAGAUUGAAAAAGAAUAGGGCAAAGACAGCAGAGGAGAACCAACGCCAGCUUCAAAUAUUGCAAGAAGAAAACGAAAAGCUAUCAAAGAUGGUAGAUUCUUAUUCUAAAGGCAUGCAAAAACAGCUGGAGGCCUUGGAGAACCUAGGGAAUCACAAGUGA